AUGUCAGUUAUGGAAUCUGAAAAUUCAGUUUUGAAAACUCCCGAAUGGUUGGAAAUAUUGGAAAAUCGGCGAAAAAGACAUAAAUUAGCACAUGAGAUUGGUGCCGGAGCACCUUGUACGGUUUGCAAGGAUAAAUGUAUAGGUUUAAAUCUUCACUUUUGGAGGAAAAUCUGUAUCGAGUGUAAAUGUAGAAAAGAAGAUCAUGAAGUUGUUGAAGAAGACGAUUAUGCGCAAUUUGAAAUUCUUUUUGGUACAAAAAAAGGAAAGAAAACAACAUUGAAAUUUAAUUCACAAAAUAAAUUAUUCGAUUGGGUUCCUCCAAAUGUUUCACCUGAAUUGGCUGUCGAAUACUUGAAAUCUCUACCCGAAUCCAAGCUACCCAUUUCAGAUAGCGAAGGUGCCAGGUAUAGAAAAAAACAAUUAGAAAAACAAGUGCCAUUACAUGACAUUGAUCCAAAUGUUUGUCAUAAUUUGACACCAAAAGAAGCUGUCGAAUUUCAAAAAUAUAUUGAUAAUUUAAGAAAUAAUGUUAUCGGUCAAGGAAAAAUUAUGAAAUAUCAAUCAACAAAAUUGUUUCAAGAAAAUUUCAUACAUGAUUCUUUGCCAAAUAUGGUAGCGAAAAGUGAAAAAUAUGAUCAUUUGAAACCGCAGGGAACAGAAUUAAUGGCUCAUGUAACAGUUGAUAAAUAUUCUGAUCAAAAUGUGUUUUAUUCCGAACAGUCAGAUUUGUGUCCCGUUCAAACUUCACAAAAUUUAAAUCCAUAUCAAUUAUCUUCCUCACAACAAUUUUCACCCAAUAGCGCAUUGCCAAACCAUGAAAAAAAGGAAUAUUUAAAUAAAAAUCCGACAAGUUUUUCGACAAAUAUUAAAUGUCCCAAACCAUACAUUUCAUCAUCUUACAAUCAAAUCCCACAAAAUAGUGAAAAAUCAUCAUCAUUCAUGUUGCCAAAUGAUAAUGUCAUUUUAAAAACUCCUAGUUCUUUCCUUAAUAAAAAUAAUAUUACUCAUGGUGAAAAAAAUAAUAAUGAAAAUGUUAUCGAUUCUGAUAAAAAUUAUGAUAAAAAUUUAAAUAAAAUAAUUGGAAAAAGCAUUCCAAAUCAAAUUGAUAAAUUUCAAUCCUGUGAUAAUAAUGUUACAAAUGACAAUAAAGAAAAGGGAGUAGAGCAAAGACCAAAAGAUGCACAAUUACUUACAGAUUCUUUAGCCAAAUUUAAAAAUUUAAAUAUUUCCAUUGAUCAAGUGCCAUUUACACCAGUUCAAGAAACGAAUACUAUUCAAAAACCCAUGGGGAAAUUACAAAAGAAUGAUGAUAAAAAUGAAGAACUUUCAAAUGUUUUUCCAAAUCCUCCUGCAACAUGUUUACAAUGUUUGGGAAUAUUAAAUCCGGAUGAAGUUAUUGUUCAAGCAGAAAGGGGUGGAAAUUUUGCAUUAUGGCAUGCCAAAUGCUUCGUUUGUGAAAGUUGCAAAGAACUUUUGGUUGAUUUGAUGUACUUUUUCCAUAAAGGAAAAGUUUAUUGUGGCAGACACUAUGCGGAUAUUAUGAAGAUACCUAGAUGUUAUGCUUGCGAUGAACUUAUUUUCGUUAAAGAAUAUACUUGUGCUGAAGGAGAAUCAUACCACAUACGUCACUUUUGCUGUUUUCAAUGUGAUGAACCUUUGGCUGGAAAACAAUACAUUCUUAAAGAUUAUCAACCGAUUUGUUUAGAUUGUUAUCAGGUUAAUUAUGGAAAGAAAUGUCAAACAUGUUCCUUAUUGAUUGAAGCUGGAGAACAAAGAGUUUCAUGGAAUGAUUUACAUUUUCAUGUCUCACCUCAGUGUUUCCGUUGUACUAAUUGUUUAAAUUCUUUGCUGGGAGCAAGAUUUGUCGUUAAAAACAAUCAAAUAUUUUGCAAAAAAGAAUGCGUUCAACAGUUUUUUAAUCAAAUGUAA